AUGAACUCGUCGUUCUGCCAGAGGACACAGGCCUUAGGGCGCAACAUUCGGCAUGUCAAGGAGCUAACUUUUAAUUCGGACGAGCUUGCCUACUACUACAAUUGCGUCCAAACAUUCGAGGAGCUCAAGGAACAGUCUGACGACGCCCCUGGACCUCGACCGUCUUGGUAUCCGGCUCGCGACCCCAUAACCUGUGAAUUUGUUGCUCUGCCGCCCAUGACCCGCCUCACGCACCUCGAUUUCUAUUUUACAAGGUUUUUGGAGAUCAAAUUACCAAGUGCCAGCGAGCCCCAACUGGCCUUGGCCCAGAAUUGUUGGUUGAUCUCUCACAACCCGCACUUGACCAACCUUCACAUCCACUCUUUGCCUAUCACGGCCUCUUGCAACUGCCGACUUUUGUUCAGAACGAUCGCCGACCUUAGAGGGCUAAAGUAUCUGAAUGUUUCGAUCGCGUGCCAUCUGAACCGAGGCUUUCAAUUGGGGUUGGAUCUGCUUAACUGUCUCAGUCCGUCGAUCCAGAGUUUUAAUUUCGGACAUAUGGAGCUGGGCGAUACGCGCGAGGAACAAGAUAACUCUGAGACAGGCGACGGCGGGAGCAGCAGAGAGUUGGUGGUGGUGCCAAGAAGGCAGGGGCUGUUAACCGAGUUAUUAGAAUUACGCCUCUGGAGAACCACCGACGAAACCACUGCAGCCGACAUUCUCUCCGUCUUUGCGCAAUGCCCCAACAUCCAGAAGCUGGUCAUAGGCGACAUCAACGGGCAUUACAAUGUCCAGGACAUUGGUGGAUUCAUUGGAAGACAGUGUCCUCAUAUCAACAGUCUGUCCUAUUAUUCGGUUGAAUCUGAAGAACUCGACUCUCUUCCCUACCGGAUCAUGCAAGAGCUGCCUCCUCAACAAAUCAUUGACUUCAUCGACAUGGGCGAGUUCUCGGAUUUGAGCUUUCCAACAGCCAACCUGACGAUCGUCAAGCACUCGACAACCCUCCGAACUCUCUCGUUCAGUCGAAUCAACGGCGGCUUUAGAAGGAUAUCCGUUGGUGCUAUUUUCGACGAGUGCAUGAACCUCACAAAGCUGCAUAUGGGAGGUUACGGCGGUGGAGUCUAUAUCGAUUUGGCUGACGCCCAAGGAUCGCCCUGGCGCUGCACCAAGCUCAGGAGUCUCACAAUCUCCGUCAGUGGCUGCGUGCUGCCCCCUGUUGAUGCCGAGAGCCUGCCCUACUAUGACCGUCCAGCGCCAAUCGCUCUCACACAUGCCGAGACAGAUCUCUUGUCCCAGCUCGAGAAGCUUUACAUCCAGAUUGGACGACUUACCGAGCUCCGGGAUCUGAGUAUCACGAUAGUCAAGUUUGACGGACAAGGCGAGGUGGAUGAAACCUCGUGGAGCUGGAACGACAUCUUGGCCGUGCCGCACUCGUUCCCCGCCAUGCUGAGUCUUGGAGAUCCCUGGCAGGGUAGACCAGGAUACUUGGGCCACCUUGCGGGAUUGAGCAAAUUGGAGAAUUUCAAGGGAUCGGUUCGUGCAGACACGAAGGAGAACAAAAAGACGAUGGAGUGGAAGGAAUGCGUCUGGAUCAACGAACACUGGCCCCAGCUCCGUCUAGCCUAUUUCUUUCACUUCAACGAAGAUAUCAGCGCCCCGUUUACUUGGCUCCAGGAGCAGCGCAAGUAUGGUCGUGGCCGUUUGAUGCUCUCCUGGACAACUAAGAAAUAA